GUGACGUCGCCGGGAGGGGGCGGGGGGUGCACGCGCGCGGGGCAUUGUGGGGGCGGCGCCGGAAGGAGCCGCGUCGCUGCUGAGGCUCCCGUCGAGAUGGCGCGGACAGCGGCGGCGGUGCCGAGGCUCGGAUGCUGCUGACGGACGAGCGAGCGAUCGAUCGAAAGAGUCUCGCCUCUCCACGCUGCGCCGCCACCAUGGAGCCCGACGUCGCCCCCAUGUACUCGUCUUCCCCUCCCCCGCUUGACGACAGUGCCAUCUCCGACGAGGAGGAUGACGACUUUGGCGACUUUGCCGACUUCACGGCCGUGGCGGCACACGAAGACGCCUUUCCUGACUUGGACGCCGGCGGGGGCGGCCCGCUGCUUCCGGAGUCCGAGCCUCCGCGGCGCCCCCCGGCGGGCGACUUCCCGGCGUACGUGGCGAGCGGGCCGACGGGCGCGCGCGGCGGCGCCGUGUCCGACCUGCGGAAUAACAACGACGGUGGCGUCGGCGGCGCGGUGUCUCGAGAGGACGAUGGGCCGCCGACGAGGCCGCAGGACAAGGCGAGGCAGAGGCUGGGCUCGGCCAAGCAGAGGCUCGCAGCGAGCCCCGACAGCUGCCACAGCAGCGACGCCAGCAUGGAGACGGAAAGCGCCAGCAGCGGCAGCAGCGCUUCGUCGUCAACGGAGCGAGCCGACGGCAGGUAGCCGCGUGGCCUCGCGCGAUCCGGGCCUGGUGAAUGGUUUUGACGCGGGGCACCCCGCCAAGGGGACGGCGCCAAGCGAGGUGCACGAGCAGAGCUCCGACAUCGCGACGACGGUGGCCAGGAGGAGGAGAAGCGUGGAGCCCAGCCCGGCCUCCACGCCCUGCGCCAGCCCCUGCCCCAGCCAAGACGGUUUUGGUGACUUCGAGGAGCCAGGCGCCGAGCCUCGGCCUCACCCGACCAGCGAAACGACUGCGGCGUCCUUAGACGGUGUUGGAGCGCCGGAGGCCAAUGGCACGUGGGGAUUGCCAGACCCGGCAGAAUCACCACACCCACUGGGCUCCGGUCAAUUCGCCGACUUCGCUGCCUUCGCCUCCCCCUCCCUGUCCGCGCUACCGGAUGGCGAGGAAGCGACCCCUGGCGAUGUCACCACUGAAAGCGAGCGCACAGCGAGAAGCGCUGUCGGAAGCGGAGCGGAAGCGGACACACGGGAGACCGUGGACUCGGACGAGGGUGAGCCGCACGCCGCCACGUGCUCCGCCGAGGUCGACGAGCGCUUAGAGAGUCGGGCCGGUACUACCGACACUCUCCUGGCCGUCGAAGACACGGAAUUUGCGGAUUUCAGCAGCGCUGCCUUCAUGGGUGGCGACGAUGUCGUCGCCGCCGCCGUUGAUGCCGAGAGAACUUGCCCGUCGGCGUCCGACGAUGCGAGCUGCUCGCGUGACGCGGCAGCCAUCGACAAAAGCCAUGCCCCCUCGCACCUGGAACAACCCGGCGCCGAUGACUCCUGGACAGGCAUCUGCGCCAAUGAGGGUGCUCCGACGAGGACGCCUCCUCUCACCGCCCCAGCAGAGUUCCCACCCAGUGACAAUGACGCCGAUGGUGCCGCUCACUCCGCAGACUCCGAGCAAACGCCCGCGGAGCCCCGUAGCACACAGGAGCCGCUCACAAACCUUGAAGAUGCUGAUGAUUUUGGCGAUUUUGACGUGGCCGCGACCGCCACUGCUGGUGCUACUGCUGCCUCUACUGCCCCUACUAUGCUCUCGGAACAGCCGACGGGUGCCGGGGACGAGGAAGAGUUUGCCGAUUUCUCGGCGCCGGCCCCGCAGCAGCUGAGCGCAGAUGACGCCGAAGGGGAGGAUGAUUUUGGCAGCUUCAGAGAGGCGUCCGCAGCCAAGUCUCCCGCCUCUGAGGACGAUUUUGGCGACUUUGGCGCCGCCGUCGUCGCUGUCGCAGAUGGAGACGCGCAGGGUUCGCUCGCAGCCUCGGACUCGGCUGAGUUUGGAGACUUUGCGAGCGAGCAGGCGGCCGGGGCCGAUGGUGACUUGAAUGACGGCGAUGGCUUCGCGGACUUCAGCCGUGCACGGAGUCCCCUGGGUAAGGAGGGUGAGGCACAGCAGCAAGACGAAGAGGAGGGUGGCUGGGCUGCGUUUGGGACAGCGCAGAGCAGCGAUGAGUUUGGGGCGUUUGGAGAGGCGCCCGGCAGCAGUGGUGGCACGCGUGGUGUUGAGUUUGGCCAGGGAGGAGCAGCAAGAGCCGGUGCAGCCACUGCGGCUCCCGCGGAUGUCAGCACGCUGUCCCUGCUGCAGCGCGUGUUCCAGGCGUGCUUCCCGUGCCCCUCGCUGGCGUGGGCCGAGGAUGCUGUGGUGCCCCUCCGGGAGGUCAUGGUGAGCGCCCCCCAGGGGGCCGAGGAGGAGGUUGCCCGCCACAGGCCGGCGCUGGCCCUGUGGGCGGAGCUGGUGGAAACGGACGACGCUCACGGCCUCAGGUACCAGUGGGGCGGCUCCCACACCAACAAGAGGCUGCUGUCGGCGCUUGGCAUCGACACGCGCAACAUCCUCUUCACCGGGCAGAAGAAGCAGCCUGUCAUUGUGCCGGUCUAUGCCGCCGGCCUGGGCAUGCUGGAGCCCACCAAGGGCCCCAUGAACCCCAUCUCUGCGGCCGAGAAGAUCGCUUCCAUCGCGCAGGGCUCGGGCACGGCGACGCCGGGCGGCGCUGGCGCCGCAGCGUCCGGCGAGAGUGCGCAGGAGGGCGUAGCGGCCGCGCAGUUCGACUGGAGCGGCAGCGGCCUCAAGAACCCGCUGGACGCCAACGGAGCCUCCAGCACCCUUAAUCUCGAUUUCUUUGGGCCAGCGGACGAGUGGACGGGCGCCAGCCAGGGCGCGUCCAUGCCAGGCGUCGACCCAGAGCUGUUUGAGCUGACCACGGCCAAGAUGGAGUCUGCGAGCACGGUGAGCCGAGUGACCGACGCCAUCGCGCGCCUCAUGUCCACGGCCGACAAGACGCUCACCUCGGCGCGGAGGCCGCGUCGCGAAGAGAAGCUGAGCGGCGAGGCCCUGUCGGUCAUGGCCGCCCUUCCCGACCUGUCGUUCAUGCGCGCCAAGGUGCUCAUGUUCCCGUCCACGCUCACGCCCACCGCGCCAGCCUGCGGCGCGGUGGGCGUGGACGGGCCCUGACCCCUCGCUCGCUCAUCCGCCCGCCCGCCCGCUCGCUCAAUCUCCGUGCCCGACACCAACGCCAAAACCACCGCGGAAUCGUCUGGGAAAGAGCGAGGCGGUCGGUGCCGGGGAGUUCCGUGGCGGGCGUGUGGGUGGGCAUGCGGGCAGAGAGGGACGAAGUGAGAAUUGACCGAACGUCGUAGGAUCCCCGUCGGGUGAAUGAGUGAACUACUGUAUGUAGAACAUACGAGAUUGUUUCUGAUCUUUGUCUCCCGUCGCAGUCGUUAAUUGUAGUUUGAGCCGCGACGGACUGCGGCAGCUUGCACAUGUACACAUAAACCGAUGUAUCAUAUAUUGUUGUUUGGUAAGGGGAGAGGGGUGUGUGUGUGUGUGAGGUGGGUUGUGCGUAGUUGUGGCGAGAGCCUUCUCCACCCUGAACACCCCCCCGCUUGGUGAGUCUGGGUCGACCGCUUGCACUUGACGUCCGCGCGUACUUGCACGCGGUGGGGGGGGGGGUGGAAGCGCCGGCGGCUGCGUUUCCUAUUCCCUGUGUAGCGAGCGCCGUUCGUUUUUGGCUCCGCCCGCGGGAAACUCUCCUCGCGAACCGCCAGGAGGGGUCGCUCACCGCACUACUCUGCAUUAGGGGACGGUGAACCGGCAGCGGUUGACGAUCGUUUUAUUUAAGGGGUGUCGCUUUUUAGCAACCGAUUUGAGGAGCGCGGUAAUCGCGCGAGUGUGGGCCCAGCCGUGUUGUCGGCCUGCGUGCUGAGUUGAGGUCUUCCAGCGACACUGGCGACAGCGCUCUGAUUGGAAGACACUUUGCAGCUCCAGGUGGUGAAACGAGAUCUCGCGUUUACGCAGACACGAAGCUUAACCCUACCCGCUACCUUUUACCUUGGCCAAGCUUUACCGACACUUAAACCGGCUGAUGCCAAACCUUACUCUUGCGCUAGGACUGAGCCGAGAGGUCUUUUUAGUUUCGGUUUUGAGCUUUUGCCAGCGUUGCCACAUUCACAAAAAGCCCUCGACUCGACUGUGAAAGGGUGACUGCAAGUAGUGGACACUAACUCCAGCUGACUGUAAGAUGAACCUGAGCCUUGACUCCUCAGUGAUACUCGUACUAAGAAUGGGCCUGCCUGGCCCUGAAUGGCGACUGUCGAGAAGUUCAGCGUUGGCUUAACCGAGUGGAGCUUGCCGAGUGGGUGAAGUAACCCGCUCCUGCCUGGUUUUAUGGAGAAACCACAGAUGCAGGUGACGCCGCACCGCGCGCACCCGGGGUGGAGUGAGUUACCAGCGGUGGCUUCGUCAUCGCUUCCUUCGGCAGAUGGCAGCUCAGCGUCGGCGCCGUGGUCGUUACACACCGCGGGGUACCGGUUGAACUCCCUGCACGCGUCGCCUGCAUCGAUAAAUCAGUCCCAGGGUAGAGUUUGUGGCCUCGGCUGGAUCCACGAACCGCCACUCGCCACGCCCCGAGCUGCACGCCGGCAGCGUUACCAACUGCAGGUGCAUUUGCGGACGCUCCUUGUAAACCUUGCUUCCUUUAAUGGGUCCAAAUAAUGCGUCCAAUCGAGCACCUGUACAUUUUUGCAUGAAUUAUCUUUUUUUCCAAAAAAAGUAACCGUCCAACCCAGCGGGGCUCGGGGGUGUGGGUGGGGGGUCUCGCGCUCGCUCGAUACCACGCACAGGCCCCCUCUGCUGCUCCACAUGGGGCCCCAUGGAUAAUUCACCCCCCACUCACCCGACCCUCCAAACUUCUAAAUUAUUCCUCCUCUUACAACUUGUAACAAAUGUCAAAGGCGUAAAUGAGUGCCAUUCAUUACGUACUUGUCAUGUUCCUAAAUUAAGCGAUCGGUCCGUUUGAAAAAAAGAAGAGGCCUAUCUGUGUGCUCGACAACCACGUGGGUGGAUUGACGGGGCCACGCGUUCUCUGGGACGUUACGACGCUCGAAUCGUCGACUCAAUUCGUCUCUUGCACUCGCGUGUGUCCGAUUUGCGUGCCUGUAAUAAUUGUUUCAGAUUCGUUGCAUUUCGCGAUUGGCUCACGGGAGGAGACGGUGAAGCUCCGAUGCGUGCACUGUAGGUGUGUAAUGGUUUGCCGCUCGAUAGACACGCAACGAGACUAGCGUCGAAUCGCGCGCGUCAAGACUCUGCUCUUACUAUGCAUAACGACGAUAUGCAAAGUUCGCCACAUCACGCGCGGAACAAAUGACAGAACAAGUGACACCGUGUAGAUAGUAGAAACAUGACACAGCGCAAACUCGACAGACUGAGAUCAUAUAUAAUUGGUUGUGCGAUGUAAUGGUGACGGAAUCACGACGUCCAUCACGUUCCAGGGGAACGAGUCGUUACAUGCCUACAGUGCACCGUGGCGGGGGUGCGGGGGGACCAAGUGGGAGAGGAUGGGGUGGGGAACCAAGGGAGGGGGGAGGGGACCAAUGUGUGGGUCUAAUUGAGCGGUGGAUGGGAUGGAUAAUUACAUCCCCACUGGCCCUUGCGAAGAUCUAAAACUCCAGCACUGUUCAAUGUCCAUUCCUGCCGCCGGGUGGCGCUGUGACUGCGUUUCGCUUUCGAGCGUUGCCUGGCGGCUCAAAAUGAAAAACGACGCCAAUUGGCAGCGUUUGCACAACCCGGGCCACGCACUUCACGACGAUUAUCCUGCGGAGUGGGGUCGGCAGAGGCGGCCCGGAUAAAAAAAACACGCGGAGCGACGAUGCUCAGACGCGUGUGAACGUGGCCCUAGGAACGCGCGCCGUAUUUAUUGUUGCUGCGUAGUAGAACGGGAGUUGGGAGGUAGAGAUGGUAGAGAUGGCCGAGUCGGCGUGCGUCGCGUCUGAAGCGCCUUCACUCGCCGCGGCGUGUUCGCGGCCGCGCGAGGGGGCGACGAGUUGCCGGCUCUCGGCAAGGGAGGGGAUGGAAAAUUUUAAACCGGUGCCCGCCUAAAGACGCCGUCUUUUAUUUUGUCUGAAAAGCACGGCGGAUCCGCAACCCAGAUAGUCCGCCCACGGACAACCGGGGGUUGGCCGCACCUCGUCGUCCCCUCGGUUCGUUGCUGUGCCAACGCAACCGCUGUCGCCUUCUCACCGCCGCGCGGUUCGCUCGCGGGGCACCGGGGCCGCAGCGGCGGCCGUGGUCACCGUUGGUGGGGUUCUGUGCCCUUUUCUUUUUCGGUCUUGGCCACAAUCCUAACCGUGUCGUGGCAUUAACCCUAACCCGAAUUCUUACGCUAACCAUAGCUGCAGCCAUAGCAUUAACCGCAACCACUACCUUAGCAUUAACCCUGUUACUAAUAGCCACAUCCUAACCAGCCCCGAAUACCAAAAGUGACCAAAUGCCUCUCCCUAAAUUUAGCCACAUCCCUAACGAUAUCCCUGAUCCUAACCACAUUCCAACACCCUAACUCUAUCCCUAAUACCAACCUUAACCACACCCCCUUUAUCACUAACUUUAACCACUUCCCUUAAAAUGAGCCAUUACCUCAUCUUAAUGCAAGUCCCAAGACGAGCAAAUAUCCGUAACCGGAACCCUUAGGCCUACCUCCACUCACAACCUCAGUCCUAAUUCAUUCAUGUGAAGUCAAUUGAAGUUGGCAAUUCAUGUGUUGUGUUAUAAUUAAUUUACUGCCAGACAAUGCAAGUCACGUCUCGGUCGUGCAAGGGACUCGGCUGUAAGAGAAUUCCACGGUCCAAGGGGUGAUAACCACUGCGGGGAGUCUAAUCCCUCACACGCGCGCGAGUGUGAAACGGGUCCUCCACACGGAGCAACGGGAGAGAGGGCCAAGUGGACGUGGCGACAGCACCGGAGCCACGAGAGCUCACGGAGCCGGUCCACGUGGCCCGUUAGCAGCUGGGGCAGGGUUGCGGCCCAGGUUGGGACUUGUCGCUAGGCCUAGGAGGGGUGGUGUUGGCCGUGAGCCUCGGCGCCGGCUUCAGAGACGAGCAGUUCGGCGUACGAGUUCCUUGGCCGCGGUGGAAAUCGGUAACGGGCCGAGAUGGCAGAUUUGGCGAUAAUUUAUUUGUAAGGUCAGUAAGAGUAAAUUGUCACGUAUAUAUUCAUUUGACGACACAAUUCGCUUUCACUAAAAACCCACCACACAGGGUUUUGCCACUCAUGGAAAACAUUUCAAGCGGUAGAGGUGAACAUCUGAUGUGGGCCCCCACGGACUCCGCGUAUUGUAGGCCCCGCCACCCACCGUGCCUUUCUGGCCUCUCAAAUAGGCGCAGCUCAUUCACAGAAAAUUCUCCGCCAUUGUCAUCGGGCUGAGACGGGGUGGAUAUUUGUUUUCGUGUCCGCAACGAAAGAAACUUAACGAGUCCAAAACGUGGACGCGUGUUGGCUUUGAACUCGCGAGUGUUGUCGUUAGGGGUAGAGAUAGGGUGAGCCCAAACCCACGUGGUGUUAUGAGUUCAACUUUUAAUCCAUGUUUUAUUUACAUUCGGGUUGAUCGUCUCAUUUCACGGAAGUGUCUCUGUCUCUCCGUUCGUCUCCGUCUGUCAUCGUAUUUCAAUCGCGUCGACGGGACGCGUCUCCCUGUCACUGAUUUUGCGAUCGCCGUCACGUUACUAGGUCGCUUUUUUGAUUAACAGUCAAUUAAUGUGAUGGUAAAAUGAUUGUGAAAUGGAUAGGAUGGACACAAGUGUGCAAGUCCUUUUCGCAGAACUUACUCUGCUCGCACCCAGGAUAAACUUGUACGCGUUCAGAAUGCAGCGAUUGAAAAAGGAUAAAUAUGCUACACCUGAUUAAUCCCAUUAAUUAAUUCGAGUCUGACACGGAUGCUCCUAUGAACACGUGCACACAUCACAGCACACCCAAUCCUUGUAGGCCUGUUAAGGAGAAAUUUACUUUAAUGAGGAAAAAAAUGGGAAGUUAACUCUACUUUGCCGGAGGGUGAGGGUUAAAACAUGGCACUUGCGCUCUUUCUCCUACCUCUCGGAGGGCGAGGAGUGUGGUUCAAUCGUCGUCGCUAACGGACGAGCAGCCACCACAGACGGCAAGACCCCAGCCCCCCUGGACUCGCAGGAGCCGCCCGCCCCACGGGAGAUGUCCCGGAACAGGGCCCUCUCCGAAUGGAGCUGUACAUAGCGAAUGCGUGAGAGCGACCAGCUGUUUAUAUCCUUGAUGACGCCAUUGUAAUAUGUACAUAGGUUUCGAAUCGGGUGCAAUUUGAAGGUGGUGGUGGUGUUGGUGGUAACGAUUGAACGACACAAUGUACGUAGUUUAUAAAAUGUAAUUUAACAAACAAACAAAUCCUGACUGGACUUGGCUUAAGGGAAGACUCGAUCUGAUGAACAAGCAUCUCUUGUAAAACCGCACCUUGGGCUGUCGGAAUCUUUGGUAAAUAUAAAAAACAAACUUCGUUAAAUGGAAACGUCCCCCCUCACCAUUGUUGAGCUCUAGUGAUAUCACAGUGAACUCACCGACGUCACGGUGACGUCUCUGUGAUAUCACCGGUGCACGAAUGGCAUUGACGCGCGUGACCAUCACCGUCUUUUCUUUUUUCUGCCUUUCUCAUCGACGAAAAUCCCAAACUGGUCGGGCAGCCUGAGCCCCAGCCCCGGCGGGUAUCUACCGCAAGAGCUGCUUGUCAGAUGGCCCGCGUCUUCCUUGAGGGCGAGCACGAUUGUUUUAGUUUGAACACUGUAGUAGCAGGUCCGACGUCUCCCCCUUUGCCUGCAUAAGUGCGACUGCUGCGCGUGUGUCAGCCCAGAGGCGCUGCUGCGGUUUAUUUAAGAUGCUUUACGUGAACAGCCCACGCGUCUGUAUGUCUCUAUUUACAACAGGGUUUCUGUAAUGUUUCAUUUCGAACUUGUCAAAGAAAACCUAGUUGGGCACUUCGAGGGCACUUUACCAUCUGCUUUGUAGAUAAACUGGCAAGGUAUUAAAAUUUGAAAUAAAAUAUUCUAAUAUAUA